CACAACAGGCAUGCCUAUCAACAAACCUGGACUUUGUGACUCUACAAAGUCCACGUUUGUGUGUUCAUUCUAGUCAUAUUAACUGUCUCUCUGUUGAGCUAGGGUUAUUAAGACCAGUUCAAUUCUGCUGUUUUAUCUCAACUGGAGCACUGAGCCAUCCUGCAUGAUGGACAAAAGGACAGUUGUUGAAGCCAAGACAGUCUUUCAGAGUUCCAUAGAUCUAGACGCAAAAACCCGGGCGCAGUAUUACAACAACUGGGCAGAACACUAUGAAAAGGACCACGCCCUUUUAGGGUACAGAUCUCCAUAUCUGGCAGUGGAAUUCCUGAAUGGAAACUUUCAAGGAAGUCGUGAAGAUGCUUUGGUCCUGGAUGUGGCCUGCGGUACUGGAUGGGUUGCAAAGCUGAUGCGUGACCUAGGCUUCAGGCACUUUGUGGGUGUGGAUGGCAGUGAAGGCAUGCUUGCUAAAGCUAGAAUGACAGGACUCUACCAGGAACUCAAACAGACUCUUCUAGGAUCAGAACCGCUUCCUGCACAGCCUGAUGCAUAUGACAUUGUGAUGAUCGCUGGUGCUCAGGAUGCUGGUUUUGUUCCAGUCAGUGCCUGCAGAGAGCUCUGUUGUGCUGCAAAACCCGGAGGGCUUGUGUGCAUGUCAAGGGGUCAUCACACAGAUGUGAAGUCGCAGGAGUAUACAAGGGACCUAGAGCAAGAGAUUCAGAGAAUGGAGGUGGAGGGACUCUGGAGACAAGUGGGAAUUCAUCGCACAAACAUUUACAUGAAAAACCCACAUGUGGACCUACAAAAAGACACUGAGAAGACACCUGCCAUCCCAGGAACUGUCUACUUAUACCAGAAAUGCCAACCUUAAGUUUACCAGUGCAAUUUACAACAGAAAAUAAAAGCUCAGUGAUGAAAAAAAAA